AUGCAUCCCAAGCUCACCGCUCUCACUCUCAUGUCACUCGUUGUUUCUGCGCAGGCCGCCGCCAUUCCUAGACCUCUCAAGUUGAGAGAUGUCGUUGAUAUUACCGCAGUCGCCAAAAUCUUGCCGAACAACCUUGCAACCUCAGACGAUGUACUUCACGGAGACGCUAUAUUGGCGCACACGGUAGUUUUGCGGGAUAAUUCAUCCCCUUUAUCCGGUGUCUUAAGCCUGGUGGACGGUCUUCUCAACGAUGCGCUUGGUGGGAUACUGCCCGCUUCUGCUCUGAAUGCGACCGAGUCGGCCCUCAAUACCGUCGCCGGCCUACUGCUUACCACCAAUCCAAGUACGACGGGAUCUUCGAGCCAAACCCAGUAUGUCAUGAUAGCAUCAAGCAACAGGUCAACAACUCUCUUCCUUGUUCCAUCUGGACCUGGCAAUGCGAUCAAUGCUGAUUCGGCUGCCUCGAAGUCUCCGGUGACAAUUCACAUUCCCAUUAUCGAAGAGGCAACCGGGCAGAUGGUGGACAGCUGCCUGACGUACGAUCAGAAUCCCGUUUCGUCUUCAAUCCUUGCAGCCACACCAUGCGCUCCGGACACCGAUCAUGCGUCCCAGAAAUUCAUGUACGACAGCUCGACCGGUAUUGUCGAGCCCAUGUUUGACAGCGCAACUCCGAUGGACUUGGCAACUCAGACGCCUUCUUAUACGGUCAACGCUGCGAGCGUCAAUCCAGACGAUGCAUCUUCUUCAAACGUCCUCAUCGUCUUCACUCCAGCUACUGACAGCGUGCCAGUAACGGCGGCGGCACUUUCCGACGGCUCAGUUCCCGGUGACAUGGCAUACGCAAAUGACGACUCAACCGAUUUCAGCUCGGGCGACUUGGAUGAUCCGGCUGGCCAGCUGCCCGAGAUGGCUGCCGCAACGACGGACAGCGACGAGGAUAGUUGUGAUGAGAUGGGCAACUGA